CGGGGCAUGACGCAGUGGAGACAGGGGUCUAGAUCCCAAAGGUUACUUCGUAGGAGCUGUCGAAGCUGUCGGAUUGAUUGGUAUAGGUAGCUUCAGCGUCGUGAAGCACAAAUGUGACACGGACACAAGCACGAGAUCAUAGUCGCAUAGCCACAAGUGCGAGGUGCUACUCGUCUAUCUGCAAAUCUCCCCGUACACCAGAUCGACGCGAUUCACAAUCGGGUUGAGCAAGUGCGAUGGAGAGCUAACUGGAUCGGCAAUUGGGUGUGAGAGGAAGCUGCCUCGGGGGCCGCACCUGUUCUGUUACACCAGGACUCGACACGGAGAAGGAGCUGUGGUUGCUCUCCGAGUCACUUCCAUUCAUGAUGUUGGGUUGUUAAAGUUCUUGUGAAAAGCACCCUGUUCAUUUGUGUGGUAGGAUACAUGUAUAUCCCACCAAAUCACAGUUCAUACAUAUAUCCAUCCUAAAUUUGAAAGGGGACUGACUAUAAGUGAAUAUUCCUUUUAAUACACUUUUUUCCCCUACUUUAUAUUCUAUUCCCUAAGAAAAGCUGUAUUUGUUGUAUCAUUCAAUCCAACCAAAUCUGUCUGAUAUCUGAAAUCAUAAUUGGCCAUGUCUUCGUCCAUAUCUCCUCUAGCCGACUCUACAGCUCAACUUAUAGGCGCUCAUGCGGUAGUUGUUUCACCUACUACAGUUGUGAAGGAGUUAUUAGACAAUGCAAUCGAUGCUAAAGCCACUUCAAUCGAAAUACUUAUCUCUCCUGACACCACCUCCAGGAUCGAGGUCCGAGAUAAUGGCCUCGGUAUUCAUCCCGAUGACUUCGAUUCGCUAGGCAGACAUGGUCACACAAGUAAACUCAGGAAGAUCGAGGAGCUUGCAACCCUCGCUGGGAAGAGCCUCGGUUUCCGUGGCGAAGCUCUUGCGAGCAUAAACUCUGUGGCUACUGUUACCAUAACCACCAAAGCCUCUUCCGAGCCUAUCGCCGCCACUUUUCAAUUAACACCUAACGAAGGCGGUGCCCUAGCUCAAAAGCCAUCUUCUGCCCCUGUAGGGACAACAGUGAAUGUCAUCAACUUGUUCAGUCGCCAGCCCGUACGUCAGCGAGUAGCUGUCAGAGAGGCGAAGAAAAGCCUCGACCAAAUCCAGGAACUCCUACGAUCCUAUAUAAUGGCUCGGCCGCAGCUUAGAAUCAUAUUCAAGAUCCUGCACACACCAGCAAAAGUAUGGUCUUAUUCUUCCAAUUGUAAUGUGACUGUGAUUGAGGCAGCAUUGCAGUUAUUUGGGGUUGAGGUGGCAUCAAAUUGCCUCUUGAAAACAUUUCAAUCGAGCCACGAAAAAAACGGCGAAUCUUCGUGUCAAAAUCUGUCAGAAUCAACGACUAAUGGCUUUCUACUUGAAGUGCUUCUUGCCAAUCCGGAAGCAAACCUUCAGAACGUGCCCAAACGCCACUAUUGCUCCAUUGAUGGCCGCCCUUUGAACGUUAGUCGCGGCGUAGCCAAGCGAUUAUUAAGGAUCUACCUAGAACAUCUGAAACGAUCAACAUUGGUGAAAGAUAUUAGUGAUUGCUUCAUUCGCCUUGAUCUACGCUUCCUAUCCGGUAGCUAUGACGCUAAUGUAGAGCCGUCCAAAGAUGAUGUCUUGAUCUCGAACGAACAAGCCGUCGCAGACGCAUUUAGACAUCUAUGUAGUGAGGUAUAUAAGCCAACUGCAACUGAUAAACAAGGUUCGCUGAACACCAAGAUCUGUCGAAAGACUAAUAUGCCGAUUAGAGGGAUAUUAGACCAUAGCCAACCUAGUUCAGCUCAAAGUUCGCAAACUCGACCCAAUCUUUCCGACCCUGCUACUCAGGAAGCUUGGAAAUCUUCCCAAAGAUCCUCCGAGUACGCCGCUGAUCAAGAUACAGCCACUGAGAAAUCAAUAGCCGGUGGAAACCCCCAAAAGGCCCAGAUGCCAACCUCGAUGUCAUUUACACCAAUAAAUGCGGCACAUUGUGCUACCUCUUCGCAACCAAGACGUUCCAGCAAUGAACAGAGGAAACCUCCUGCGACAACGCACCAGUGGAAUGUCGAUACGUCAGUUGAUCUCAACGAGCGCCCCGAACGAAGACAGCAGCAUCGACCUCAAGCGAUGCAGAAAUCUCUGGACUCCCAAGAUGUAGAAAUAGAGAGGAACCCUAGAGUAGGGGAUCAUCUUAACCCUUGGGUAAUUGCAAAGAGAAAUAAUUUGAGUGAAGCACCAUUAGGCUCAAUUCUGGAUUGUUCCUCGGGACGUUCGUUAACACCAGAACCUCCGGUUCUCCGUCACAUAAUGGCACCACCAGGCGAUCUUGACGUUCCUAGAAGCCACCAAGACACGGAGCGCCGAAAACUUCCUUGCCUUGAACGAGCUACUGUUCCCGGUGGCCCUUAUCGCAGUCCAAUGGCAAGUCCUUUACAGGGCAAACCAAAAGGCAUAUCCGUAGUAUCCCCCAACUCACAUACAUCUCGUCGUCGUCGAGAACAAAUACCAUGGACCCCGCCAUCUUCGAUUGAAAAGCAUCGUUAUCUAGACGUAUCACAAAUCGAUGUGACGAAAUCAUCACGUGCAGACGGUUUCAAGCAAACUCAAAUAUCUUUCGGUGGUACUCGGCCAAAUCGCCGUCAAGAUGGAACGCAAAUUGAGGCGAUGUCGGACAAAGGUGAAGCUGACAAGAAUGCUCAAUCGCAGGACUUCUUUUCGGCAGCUAAAAGAAAUUUGAACUACCAGUUAUCCCGGAUGGAUAAAGAGCAUGAAGAUCUAGUGACACAGGCAACCCCCAGUAAUAGAUCUCAACGGCAUCAUUAUCAGCAGCCAUCACGUCAAAGACAACCCUUCAAAGUACUCCAGAAUAAUACAUUCGAGAACAACAAUAAUCCACAAGAAGACCGGCAACCAAUUCCCACGACUCUGCCCAUAGGUGAUCCCAGGGCCUAUCUCCUACGUAGGCAGAAGUCCAUAACUGCAGCGGGGGGUGAUGCGAAGCUAAAAAAGAUGAGCCGGGUGAAGAGCUCUCUUAUGCCAUUACAGCAUACCCCUCCGGAAUAUCAGACUUAUGUUCUCUCCUCGACUAUUAGUAUCAGCGGCGACGAUUUAAACAAGCUGGUACGACGGAUUAGUGAGUAUGAUGACUACGUAGUUUGUGGCGCUAAUCUUGAGGGGCUUGAUAUGAGUCUGUCUGAGGGACAAGCUGUAGAAUCACAGUUGCAGAAGCUUCUCGUCGCACAGAAGGAGAACAUUGAUACGCCUACUCAUGAGAAUGAUCCUUUAGCUAUUGGUCUACAGACCAUGUUGAAGGGCAAGGGCGUUUUGAAUGAGUGAUGACUCUGUAUCGCUUAUCAUGUCUACUCGCUUAAAUAGUCCUAGAAGCGAAAACUGUUGUUUGCUGCGCUACUUGCUCUUAGGAAAAUAGGGGCAAAAGAUUAUUGGGGAUGUCAUACAUGGGUGCGCAUCGGCAUCGAAAAAAAGAAAAUAGUUGCAGGUCACUGUCGCAUAAACUAGCUAUUUUACCUGCUGAGUCAGUCUUCAGUACAUCUAGCUGGUGAAGAAACAACCAAAUUCAUUAUAUUUC